GCCUCUCUUAUUCCCAGCACAUCGCCACUCUGGCACGCACUUGGCAUUUCUUCCUGUGCAACAUACGAAGAAUCCGACCCUUCCUCACCAGCUACGCCACCCAGCUCCUGGUCCAGGCCCUGGUACUCGCCUGCUUAGACUACUGCAACUCUCUCCUGACUGGCCUCCCUGUGUCCGCCACCUGUCCGCUCCAGCUCAUCCAGAACUCCGCUGCUCGCCUGGUGUUCUAUGCCUCGCUUCUCCCACGCAACUCCACUGUUCCGCUCACUCCACUGGCUGCCGAUCACCGCUCGCAUCCAGUUCAAGACUCUUGUACUCGCCUACAGAAGCCCUGACCAGACUGCACCCAGCUACCUCCAGACCCUCAUAUGGAGACAUAUUCAGAGAUUCUAAGGAGCACAAAGAUUGCUCAAAUUUGAUGAAAGAGCCACAUUUGAAAAUUUGCGGUGUGAAUUAACAAGUCUAGCGUCGCACUGGGACAAGCUGAAGACAUCAGCACUAUAAGAAUAUACAGUCAGGGUGGCAAGAGAAACACCUGUGGAAGACCAGAAGUGUACGAAAUGUGAUGACAUGGAAAUGGAGCUGGUGAAUAAGCAACGCUCGGCAUGCAACAACUGCACUAUUUGCUGCUAACAAAUUCUACUGCGAUACAAUAUUUUAACUGAUGCCUAUAAUGUGAUUGGCCUGGUAACUAUCUUUCACGCAAGUUGCCUGUGAGAAACUUUUCCACCUUGAAGUAAACUCCUGCGAAGUCUGCUCAUUCCGUAAGAUAGAGGAAGCAGGCAGCACUGUGCUACAUAUCCAGAUCAGUCCACAGAGAACUCGGGGGAGGAGGGGAGGGGGGCCUGGAAUUGUGUACCCCAAAUCCUCUGUCACCCCUGUUCAAAACAUGGAGGGAAAACAGAGAAUCCACAUUUUCCUCGGCCCUCCGAUUUUCCCUAAGGAAAAGGGAACACCGGGAAAAGAGAACCGGAUUCAGCUUUCCUGCCGCGAAGAGAAACUUCACCCCGCGUCUGAGCUGAGAGGAGCCAUUGCGGGGAUGCAGGGAUCUGCUGGAACAAAAGAGCCGCUGGCUAUAGCAUCUGAAAUCAUUCAGACAGGCUGAGUGUUAACCAAACAAGACCAUCCAGCGAGCCGUCCCGUCAAAAUGAGUCCUGCUCCCCUUCGGAAACGGGGAAGGAAGCAGCAUGGCCUUGUCUUGUUUUGCCCUGUGCAGUUCCAGGAUAUAUGGACAGGGUCGCCCUGGUGGAGCUGCAGGGGUAUUUGAGGGAGAAGCACCCCCACCUCCUCUCUCUUCCCCCCAGAGCCCCCCAGAGUCCCCACAGCAUCCAGCACGUCCGUCUGGGGGUCCUGAGAGCCGACACGCUGGUCCAUGCGCUGCUGCGGGUCACACGCAUCUCCACACUCACCGGGGAGUCAGUAGUGAAGGCUCACAUCACUGCUCUGCAGUUCAGGGGCGGAACCUCCCACAAUGCCCAGCUGCUGAUGGAUGGAGACACGCCACUGCAGAGGAUUGUGGGACUGGUGGCUGAUGACAUCACCCUUGUAGGGUGCGGGAGGUGUGACUCUGAGCUGGGAGUCGACGGCAACAGAAUCUACUGGCUCUGCUACCCCUGCCUGACACACACUGGAGUGAAGCGGUACUACAGGCCAGCAGUGAUGACGGUGACAGACGAGGACAGUGUAAUCUCAGUGGAGGAUCCCCCCGUGCUUGUGGAGCAGAUCUUCCUGUAUUCCAGCAGAACAGCUCAACAAGCCAGCAGAAUGGACAAUCUAAUGAUAGAAGGCGAUCAGCUGACUUAUGAAGAUUUAUCCACGUAUAAUUUUUUACCACCAAUCUCAAGCAUACACGUUAAAGCAGAGCCGUACCUGGAGACAGCUAAUGGUCCCUACCUUGCAAUAAUCGAAGAGCCAAAACAGAGAGGAUUUCGUUUUCGGUACGAGUGCGAGGGUCCCUCACACGGAGGGCUGCCCGGGGCGUCCAGUGAAAAGAACAAGAAGACCUACCCCACUGUCAAGAUCUAUAACCACGUGGGCUAUGCCAGGGUGGAGGUGCAGCUGGUGACGCACUCGGACCCGCCCCGCGUCCACGCGCACAGCCUGGUGGGGAAGCAGUGCAGUGAACACGGGGUGUGCAGCGUCAACGUGGGGCCCAACGACCUCACUGCACAGUUCAAUAACCUGGGUAUCCUACACGUCACGAAGAAGGGAGUGAGUGAAGUUCUGACCAAGAGGCUGAAGGCGGAGAGGAGGAGGCAGAGAGGGGAAGACGCGGUCAUCACUGCGCAGGAGGAGCAGGAGAUAGCGAACGAGGCUCGGGAGCUGGGCAAGGUGACGGACCUGAACGUGGUGAGGUUAAAGUUCAUGGCGUACCUGCAGGACAGCAACGGGGGGUUCACCCUCGCCCUGAAACCUGUCAUCUCCCAGCCCAUCUACGACAGCAAGUCUCCCAACGCAUCGAACCUGAAGAUCUCUCGCAUGGACAAGACGUCGGGCUCUGCAACGGGAGGGGACGAGAUCUUCCUGCUCUGUGACAAAGUGCAGAAAGAUGACAUUGAGGUGCGCUUCUAUGAGGAUGAUGACAAUGGCUGGGAGGCGUACGGAGACUUCGCACCCACAGACGUGCACAAGCAGUACGCCAUCGUGUUCAAAACCCCCCCCUACAGGAGGAAUCAGAUCGAUCGCCCCAUCACCGUGUUUCUGCAGCUGAAACGCAAGAAGGGGGGUGAUGCUAGCGAGCCCAAGCAGUUCACAUACCACCCCCAGAUACAAGACAAGGAGGAGGUUCAGAGGAAGAAGCUGAAGCCCCUCCCUCACUAUCAGGACCACUACGGGCGAGGGGGGGCUGGGGGUCCGCCAGGGGGCUUCGGAGCAGGGGGGCCAGGAGGAGGAGGAGGCGGUGGUUUUUUCCCCUUUCCCCAUUCAGUGAACUCCAGCUUCUCUUACAACCCCAUGGGGGGAGGCUACCAGGGGGGCACCCAGAUGCCUGGAGCAGUGCAGCGACAGGACUCCCCUGCUAGCAGUGGGGCCCCUCAAGGGGGGCUGACCCCACAGCAGCAGCUCAUACAGAUCGCAUCGCUCCUCCAGUCCAAGGCCACACUGACGGCCAGGCGCACGGCCCGCGCUCUGCUCGAUUACGCCAGCACGGGAGACGCGCGCAUGCUGCUGGCUGUGCAGAGACAGCUGUGCGGGGUGCAGGACGAGAACGGGGACACUCCUCUGCACCUAGCCAUCAUUCACCAGCAGGCCAGCGUGGUGGAGAAGCUAGUGCAGGUCAUCGUGAGCAUCCCAGACCAGAGGAUCCUGAACCAGAGCAACCACCUGAGACAGACUCCUUUGCACCUGGCUGUGAUCACAAAGCAGUACAAGAUCGUGGACUUCCUUUUGAAGGCAGGCGCUGACCCCACCCCCCUGGAUCACUAUGGCAACUCAGUGCUGCACCUGGCCACGUCUACUGGCGACGAGCACAUGCUGCGGAUACUGUUGAGUCACCUGAAACCACAUAGCCGCUACCUGCUCGACACACCUGACUACAAUGGUCUCUACCCCCUUCACCUCGCGGUGCAGAGGUCCGGUGAGCAGUGCUUGCGCAUGCUGGUUGGUGCCGGAGCGAAGGUGAAUGCAGUGGAGAGGAAGAGUGGCUGCACUGCCCUGCACCUGGCUGUACAGCAGGACCUCUUCGCUGUGGCCUGCCUACUCAUCACAGAGUUGAACGCUGAUGUGAAUGUCUGCUCGUUCGGUGGGAACACCCCCCUGCACCUGGCUGCCAGUCAGGGCUCCCCUGUGCUGUGCUCCAUGCUCAUCGCUGCAGGUGCUGAGAGGUUGGUGGAGAACGAUGAACCAGUCUGCAUGUCCUCUGCAUCCUCGUCUGAGGAAGAGAGGGAGGGGACACAGGAGGAGGAGAGCAGGGGGAGAGAGGGGGCAGAGUCGGCACAGACCCUCACCGCACGCCCGCACAGCCUGGCCUCCAACCCCCGCAAGAGACCCCCCACGCGAGGACACACCCCCCUAGACCUGGCCAAGAGCCAGAAGGUGCAGGACAUCCUGGAGGGGAAGCCGAGAAGACCAGGGAAGACCCCCGCCAAGCUGAAGACCGCCCCCCUUGCAGGUACUGUCUGCCCCCUGGACAGUGACACCCUGGCCCGGCUCAGCACUGCCUUGAGUGCGGGGGAGGUUCAGUGGAAGCAGCUGGCAGAGAAGCUGGGCAUGAGGACCCUGGCUGACCUGUAUGAGGAAUGCCCUUCCCCCUGCCACAGUCUUCUGCAGGGCUACCAGGUGGCGGGUGGCCGUGUGGAGAGCCUGAUUGAUGCUCUGCAGGCUCUGGGUCUCAAUGAGGGAGUGAGGGUGCUGAGGGAGGCCGAGCUCAAGGACAAGACCCACACCACAGAGGUGAAGGUGGACAGUGGCUAUGACAGUCAGUCCACAGAGCAGCUAGAGCAAGAAAAGAUGGACGAGUCUGUUCCAGCCAACUCCUGAGACCAGCAGACAUCCCUCCCUCCCUUCCAGCUCUGUGACAUCACAGUACAGCACAAUGAUAUCACAUCCAGUACGGUGACAUCACAAUCCAGCAUGGUGGCAUCACAAUCCAGCAUGGUGACAUUGUAACCAGGACCCCAGGUUAAUAGUUUUAACAAACCCCUCUCCCCAAAACAAACCCCCCUUUCCCUUUGAGAGGUUGAGCAGGAGUCUCUGUUACACUGUGCGGUAGAGGGACAGCAGACCCUGGCGCAGUAGAGAGGGGGCUGCUGCAUUAUGGAAGAAUCACAAUUCAUAAUUCCCCUGGCUUUUAAAAACAGGUGGAUCAUGUAAAAUAGUAUGCCUCCAAAUCAUGAAUUAAAAACAUCCGCUGUGUUAAUAUGUACAUUUCCAGAGGCCUUUAUCUAACCCUGUGUGAUGAACACUUCGACAUUUCCGCAGGACUUGAAGAAUAAAUACAAUCCUUAAAAGGAUGAAAACAGGAAGCAGUCUACUGUAUGCCAAAGUUGUUUUCUCAUUAUAUAAAUGGGUGUUUUUUUGUAGAAGUUAUGGAUUCAACUAUGUUUAAUUUGAAGAAAAAACAAAACACAAAACAAAUCAUAAUGGCUUGGUUGUCAUGCCAUCAGUUCAGUUGACACUCAGCCACCCCCCCCACCCCCCCCCCCCCCCCCACUUCCCUCGCCCCCUUUUGCAAAAGCUGGUCACGCCCAAGUUCAUAAUGACAUCACAAUCCCUCACUGUGACAUUACCAGGGUUGCUUGGACUGUGUCUGGAUUUCUUCAGGAAUCUGUUACUGUGAUAGGGUGGGAUUAAUGUGGAGGACAUCUCAAUACCAGGAUACUGUAUCUGAUGAAUAACAAUGUCCACUGCCCAUCCUUCUCUCUGACUCAACAAGACCACGUAAGACUUUUAUUUUAAUUGUAUUUCCAUGUCUGUGUAUGUGAUGCCAUAGAAGAUUUUUAUAUAGAGAGAUAAUGUAUUCAUAUUAGGUGCAUUUGGAAGCCUGUCACUUUCAAAGUGAAGAAAGCGUGCUAAUGUCUUUUUCUGUGUUCCGUUUAUUUUUAAAUAAAAUCUGAUUUGAAAAGUGAGCUCUGCUUUUAUUUUACUGCAUAUACCUGUGAACCUUUUAAAAAAUACUGACAACAGCAUAAGACCUGAAACUUUGAAACCUGAGGCUGGUGAUUCGCGUCCAGCCCUUGCCUCUCCAUUCUAUUCAAUGGGCUGAGAUUCCAGUGGGAUGAAACCGUGCUGUAGGAUCAAUAAUGAACCACUCAAGAAAGACCCGAGUCAACAAUGUCCUGUUUUAAACAAUGUCCUGUUUUAUUCAUCAGCUACACCUUCCCAAAAAACAACAAAGAAGCGAAAUAUACAAAUAGUAUAUUCUGCGUACAGAUUCAUUUGUUUACAGGCUGUUUAAUUAGAAAUAAAACCAUUUGAAGCUAACUAGAACAUGGAGCUGCAGUACCACCAAUUUCUACAGUCUUUGUGUUUUUAGUACAUGUAUAUAAAACAGUGUUAAAAUACAAUCUUUUUAAACUCUCAAGAGAUCUCAUUUAUCUGCAAAAUAACUCGGAGAGCGUUUUCUCCUGGUAACUUUAUUAGAUUGAAAAAAAAAAAAACCAAGGGAAACACUGAUCAUUCUCCAGAUAUUUACAAUUUAUAUCAGAGGUCCUGAUGAGGAAAUAUCGGCAAGCAUGGAUUGUUUCCGUACAUUGAUGUUGAAGAAAUGGAUUCUUCAAAAGGAUAUAGCCCUGUUUUAAAUGACAACAACAAAUCUCUACGCCUGGUCUUUUAAAAUCUUACAUUUUAAAGUGCAACCAAAAAGGAAGGAAAUUCUUAAAAAAAAUAAA